AUGAAAAACAUAUUACUAAUAUCUCUGUUAAUUUGUUUUUCCUAAGGUUGUUCAUUACUAAUCCAAAAAUUCGAAGUACCAAAAGAGGUUAUUCUAAUUCAAUCAGAAUGCCAUUUAAAAGAGAUAAUUGAAGUGGCCACAGAUAGAAUUAUAGACAUGACACAUAUUUCUGAGUCUUAAGUAAUGAUAGAUGCCUCUUAAAUAAAUGAGGAGAAUGAUUACUUACUAAAAUUGAGAGAUAAAAAUCAUAAAUAUAAAGAGAUGAAGGUAAGGAUAGUAUAAAAUACUGACAAAUUGUAAUAAAUAUAAGAAAAAUUAAAUUAAAAGGAAAUAAAGCAUGAUUAUUAAAUAGCAGUUGAUAAUUUGAUGUCAGAUGUAUUUUGGGGUAUAAUCAAAGGUAUUGUAUUAUUAUUAUUUUGA